UGAUCGUUUUGUUUUGUAACAUUUAAGAUCUUAAAGUCUGUUUAGAUUUUAAAAGGACAGGAAAACUUGCAAAAUUGUGGUGAUACUGACUUCUCCACAAGUGAUGUGCUAAGAUCCUGCUCCUGCAAGGAUGCUGUUAUUUGCAGCCUGUAUUUUCGUAUUGGGGCAUAGUGCUGUCGGACUAGCAGUGACCAGCAUCAGUCCGAACUAUGCCAGCGCCGGCGGUGGCACGAAGUUCUCUAUCGCUGGAGUCGGUAUAAAGGACCAGUUCGCUGGUGACAGUAUCGAUGUGAGGUUCAUGGCGGCAGAUGGAGAAUCCGUCACAUGUACAGUCUUCAAGGAGGAGACAACGGCCACAACCACCGUCUGCCAUAACAAAAAAAUGCGCCUGAACGUGGUGUACAACGUGAGCGUAACUGUGGACGGCACGGUUGUAACUGACCUAUGCACGGACAAUCCGAGCAAAUGCCAAGUCAUGCCUCACUGGUAUACGACGCCUCGUGUGUACGAUGUGAAACCUCAGAGCGGAAAACCAGGUGACACCAUCCUCACAAUGUACGGACAUCUGUAUAGUGACGUCUACGGAAGCAACGCAGUGGCGGACGCUAGAAUUCUAAGAGCGACAGCGACCACCCCAUGUGAGCUCAAGAAUGGCACGGAAAAGGAUGACUUUUAUGGUCUGAAGAUUGAUAACGACCGUAAAGGUUACCUUGUGUGUAAACCAACGGGGACGUUCGUCGGCAACAGCAACUUCACAUUCCUCGUUGAAUCUCCCGCCGGAAUGAGUGUCAAUGAGUGGAACGUUACAAGAGUGGCUUCCGAUGGUUCGAUCUACACCGUACAGUUCUUCACAGAUAUUGAUAGUAUCAGUCAGACUGAUGGCAGUGUGGAGGGUGGAACACUUGUCCAACUUGACAUUGACUAUAUUGAGGAUGCUGGGGCUCAGUCAACCUACACACCCCUUAGGAUUUAUGUUGGAGGAGAGAAAGCUGAGGUUGUAUCGGUGGUCAAGAACCAGCAUGUCGUUAUUAGGACACCGGCUCAAAGUUCUUCUAAAUCAUUCUACUCGGGAAAUCGAGGAUUGAACCUGGAGUACUGGGAUACACAGACGUUCGCCAAUAACGAAGAGGCCAUCACCACCACUGUGGCCUCAGAUGGCUCCAUACACCUGGAUGAAACCCAGCUGAAAGGAAAUGAGCAAAACACCAAAUGGACCAGGAUGAAGUUUGUUUUCAAGGCAGUGUGGGACGGAAGACAUCAGUUCUCAAUGAUGGCCACUGGCGGCGGGGCCCUGAAGGCUGAGGGGUACAACAUGGUUGAAAGCAGUGGCAACUGGGCCUAUGGACAAAUAAUGGACCUCACUAAGGGAGAUGAGUUAGCUGUUAUUGCUGUUGCUGCACCCAGCUCAGAUGAAAAUGCUGCAUUUGUGGUGCGCAUGGCUCACCUUGACACCAAAUUUACCAACUCAUGGGUUGGGAUGGCAUUUGAUGAACAGCAGAGGGUCAAUGCCGAGUCUACUGUGGUCCUUGAACAGCAGACAUUUACAGUAUCAGCAACCUCCGGAUCCAGCACCAAUGAGGUACAGAAGGUUUGCAGCGUGACUGGUGAGAAAACUCAACUGUGUCUCUAUGGCGUGUGUACAGCCCCUGCUGCGUUCAACGCUGUUGAGCUAGUCGCGGCAUUGAAUAAGCUGCCCUUUGUGGAGACCGGCGAGAGCUUUACGGCGGUGGAAGCUGAUUCAUGUGUCACGAUCACUUUCCAGUCUCCCAGAGGUAACAUCCCUAUGAUGUCUGCUAUUGGUGCAGGCAUUACUAUCACUGUCGAGACCCAGGGCGUGGCCAGUGGAGACAAGUUCUCCUUCAUGUAUGGUGGCAUUCCUAGCCCUCUUAUUGAUGUCGAGAGUGAUACAGGUGUCAUGGCUGGAAAAAUGACUGAGGCUUUGACGACAAUGUUCAGUGUGCGAUGUCCAAAAAGAUUCCUUGAACCAGUCAAUGGCUACUACCAGGGAUUUGAGACUGGUUUCUCUGAUGCCACUUCAGAAGUUGCGCCAUUCUGUGGACGUUACAGUCUCAUGAACAAGCAGGUUAUCUACCCGUUUGGCAGUGAGGGAAACAGGCGUAUCAGUGGAAAACAUUUCUGUUUCGCUGUGAAGGGACUUGACAACAACAACAUUGAACUAAGUUUUCACUAUGAUGGGGUAACCAGAAGAGUAACAACAGCCUUUACAACAGCUUUGGAGGAAAACACUUGGACUGGCGCAAAGGAAGAAGACAACACAUGGAAAUAUACCUGUCUGAAUCUCCAGACCAUCUUCACUGAAAGGUGGCCCUCCCUUGACGACUAUAGCAUGUACGUCUUAACACAGGCUAAGCUUACGCAAAACAACCUAGAGAAAGACUUCUACGUGGAUGCUGUCUUGGUUACCAGUGCUCCCGUCUACUCCACAGAUGAUGUUUUGACUGGUCAGAGAAUGGAGAUUGCCCAGCCAGGGAAUCGCUUCCGGCACACGAUGAACGAGAUUUCUGUGGUGUAUGAUGAGGCCAACUCUAACUAUGUCCUCACUCUCACCCCACACAGCUGCGGACAUGGAUUUUCUUUGCUCAAUGUGGAUGAGGCCCAGUCCUCAGCUGUGACUAUUUCAUCAAGCCGGGUAACACGUGCAUCGGAGCCAGUGACAGGCACCUACACCCUGUCCAUGGAUGGAAUUUCCUCUGACUCCAUUCCAUUUGACGCCACGGAUAGUGACAUUGAGGCAUUGAUGGCAGGAAGAUUUGGUCGUGUGAAGGUGGAGAGGACGGCUUCAUCCACAUGUGCCAACAUGUACAUAGACAUCAAGUUCCUCGACAAACCCGGAGAUCUACCUCAAAUGACUAUGGAUGGCGAGCCAACUAAACCUGCAGGAGCCACUGCUAGAAUUACAGAUCGCUCAACAGGUCAUCUCAGUCUGUGGCCAAUACCUGGAGACUUUGCUUACUCUUACCACACAACACCCCAGAUAAAAGUGUUUGUGAAUGAUGUCCCUACCAUGUGUUCUGUCUCAUCUGGAUGUGGGUUUGCGUACACCUCAGAUAAAACUCCAACAGUCACUGCCAUCACCCCUACAUCUGGAAAUGAGGGUGACUCGUUGACCAUCACUGGGACAAAGUUCAGUACUACCAAUAGUGAAAACACUGUCACAAUUGGAGGUGUUGACUGCUCUGUCACAGCAGCAACCGCAACAAGCAUCACAUGCGACCUUGGCAACGGGCCCCUUGAAACAUUCACUGUUGAUGUAAACGUUGCUGGCCUAGGAAAGGCAACCAAUACAGCUCCUGGUUUCCAGUACUCUGCCAGUAUAGCCACUAUUGAUCCGACAACAUCCAGCCUUGCAGGCAAUGUUCAGCUGACUGUUUCUGGGGUCGGAUUCUCAUCAGCAUCGACAGUGACAGUGGAUGGAGUAAACUGCCCUGUGACCAGUAUAGAUGUCCCUACCACCAUCUACUGUACUGUACCGCCGAACUCAGACUUGAGUGUGACCAAUGACCAGACAGUAGCUGUUGAAGUGACCAUUGGCUCAAGUACAAUGUCCAGCUCAACGUCCUUCGUUUACACCGCGCUGAACGCCCAGAUCACCUCAGUUACACCUCAGGAAACACUGAGUGUCUUAGGUGACCAGCUGAUUGAUAUUGCUGGAACUGACAUGGGGACUAGUGGUUCGGCCUUCCUCGAUGGCGAGGCACUGGAAGUUGUAUCCUGGACUGCCACUAGCAUCCAGCUCCGCACACCAACCCCAACCCCUUUUGGAACUGACCUUGAACUCCUUGUUCAGUUGGGCUCUCAAGGGGCGCUGCUUAUGAAUGGAGCUAUCCCUACCCUGUCCAUUGCUUUCCGCGUAGACAAUAUUUAUCCCACAUCCGGCUCACUGAAUGGUGGUACAAGGGUGACAGUGUCUGGCGAUGGCUUCCCGACUGAGACAAGUGACAUUUGGGCUGCUGUGGGUGAUACCAACUGCACAGUGUUGACUGCCACUCGUACCCAGGUCACAUGCGAGAUUGGCUCUACCUCAAAGACCCACAAAGUCGACAAUAUGGGAACCACUGGAUUUGGGCCAUACUAUGCCUGGAGUGUGACAGUUCUUGAAGCUGAGGUUGGACAAAAAGUUCAUUGGAGCUGGGACACUGCAGAUUUCCUCAACAACAUCACACAUCGGGUCGUACAGAUUGCUGACCUCGCCAAGGCAGAGCCUCUCUCUGGAGGCAUCUCGAGUGGUCCGGCCUCGCGUAAAGGCGAGUUCAUCUGGGAAUUUACAGCGCCAGGUGAAUAUCACUUCUGGAGUGGCUUUGUUGAUGUGUAUGACAUCAAGAACUACAAAAUGACUGUCAAGGUUUCUGAAAAAACUGCGAGUAUUGAGCCCUUCUCAAUGUUGGUAGCCGACACUGAGCCAGAAUACAAGAUAAACUCCGGAGUUGCUGAUCCUACAGACAGUUCUGGCUGUGCCAUGAUGACUAGCGGCAUUGCUGGCUGCACCCUGGAGAGCCUUACAGCUGCUGACUCGAAAAAGUUCAACUUUAGGUUCACACAAUGCCGCACCCCAACAUUGACGAGUGUGACCUUCUCUGAUGCCCUGAGCACCUUGUCAAGGUCUGCAACUUCAAACACCAUCAUGUCAUUUUCUGGCACUCAAUUUUCGAAUCACGACUGCGCCAAUGUGGUAAAAAUAGGAGACUGUGAGUGCACAGUGAGCUCUUCCACUGCAACAUCUCUUGACUGCUCACCUAAUGCCAACUGUGGCUAUGUUGUGGGCCUUGAUCAAACAUUCUCUGUCAAUGUUUUACAGUAUGGCUUUGCUCAAAAUACAAUCUCUUCCCUGAGUGCAAAAACAGCAGUGUUCGUACCCAGCAUUACUUCCAUCGAGCCUACCACUGGCUCAGCUGCUGGUGGUACCUUGGUCACUAUAGCAGGAGUGGGCUUUGAUGCCCUUGAAGACAUUGCGGUGAGCUUCAAUGGAGCCUCAGCUAAGUGUGUAUCAGUUAAUCCCCUUGUUUGUGAGUCACCAUCCUCAACCACUGGACAAAUUACAGCCACAGUCAGCCAGUUCCCGGCCACUUGUCCUGGCACAUGCAUGUUUACAUACUCCCUUGACAAUACUCCAACCAUCACUGCUGUUGAACCAACAAGUGUCUCUGGAGCUGACACCUUGACCUUUACUGGUACUGGGUUCAAUGAGGGCACUGUUACUGUAGAAGUGGGCGGUGAAGAUUGUACCCCAGUUACUGUGAAUAGUGACCUGGAGGUCACAUGCGAUGUAACAGGUCUACCUGCAGGCGAUAAUAUUGUCAAACUUAGGGUGGGAGGAAAGGGCUAUGCCCAAACAAGCUCUAAAGUUAGUGGCACACCAAGCGCAACAGUUUCCCCAGCCACUGGCAGUACUAGCGGUGGAACAACCCUCACUUUUGCAGGUCAUGGAUUUAGCGGUGAGACAACUGUGGUUGCUGGAGAUGUUUCUUGCAUUGACGUUUCUGUAAAUAGUCUAUCAGAAAUUACCUGCGUUACCGAGAGUAGCACUGCGGGGGCUGUCGACUGGAUGAUCACUUCCAAUGGAGAAGCUUUCCCAGCAGUAUCCUUCACAUAUGAUGAUUCGCUCAAACCAACGAUUACUUCAAUCUCGCCCUCUAGCGGUGACUCUCUAGGAGACCAGCUCCUGACCUUAGCUGGAAGUUUCUUCUAUGAAGGCGUUGGAGUAACCGUUUGUGGAGAUGCAUGCGCUGUUGAAAGUGUCACUGAUACUGAAAUAGUGUGCCUUACACCAGCAAAAACAGAUACUUCACCGUGUGACGUGAGUGUGACAGAGUCUGGGUCAGCUACAUCAACAGCAGGCACACAGUAUGCAUUUGUGGAUGGUGACGCACCUACCAUAACCUCUGUCACUCCUUCGCGUGGUGGAACAGGGGGAGGUACCACAGUCACCUUGGCUGGGACAGGACUCACGGGCGGUACUGUUGACAUAGGGGACAAGGAAUGCUCCAUCGUGUCAAGUACAGACACACAAAUAGUUUGCACAACAGCAUCUCAGACUUCCACAAAGGUUACCAAGGCGAUUGUUACUGCUGGAGGGAAGAGAUCAGUCUCGGCAUCAAGUGGUUCAAGUACCUUCUACUACGUGGAUGCGUGGAGCUCUUCUAAUACCUGGGGCGGGGUCUCGAUUCCUCAGGAGGGAGAAUUCAUCCACAUUCCAGCCGGCAAGACGGUUCUGCUUGAUACAAACACACCCAUCUUGGAUAUGCUCCUUAUUGAGGGAGAACUGAUUUGCGAUGAUGUAAGCAUUGAACUCAAUGCAAACAGGAUCCUUAUUGAUAAAGGUGGACUCUUCCAGUGUGGUACCGCAGAACACCCCCAUGCGGGCAAGGUUGUCAUCACCCUCUACGGACACGCGAGAGAUGCAGAAAUACCUGUUUUUGGCACAAAGGUUAUUGGAAACCGCAAUGGAACUCUUGAUUUACAUGGAACGGCAAUUGUAAACACAUGGACACGACUUGCUACCACAGCUAAUGCAGGUGACACCACAAUCACAAUAGAGGAUGAUAUCAGUGACUGGAAUGUUGGGGAUGAGAUAGUAAUUGCUACGACAGGAAGCAGAGGCUCAGAGGGGGAAACAGAGAAGAAAGUUAUAUCAGCCAUCAACGGGCAAACAAUAACACUUGCCGAUGCCCUGGAAUUCAUGCAUCUGGGUGUAUCAGAAACAUUCACUGGUUCGUGUAUGGAAGUAGCGCAUUACCGAGCUGAAGUUGGUCUUCUGACACGAUCUGUCGUGGUGAGAGGCAAUGACGAUGCCCAGUAUCACUCAGAAGUCGAGAAAUGUGAAGCUGGUUUUGAUGCUGCUGAGUUUACAACACAGACCUGCUUUCAAGGAAGAUUUGGUGAUGAGACGACAAGCAGUCAAUUUGGUGCACAAAUCAUGUGUGCCGGAAAUGAUAAGGAUGCUCAAACAGUGGUGUGCCGAAUCUCGUACACUGAGAUCACAUUUGCCGGGCAGGCAUUCCGGCUUGGCAGAUACCCUAUCCACUUUCACCUGAAUGGAGAUAUGAGUCGGUCAUAUGCUAUAGGAAAUGCAAUCCACAAAACAUUCAAUAGGGCUAUCAAUAUCCAUGGAUCACAUAAUCUUCAGAUUGAACGCAAUGUUGUGUAUAACGUAAUGGGUGGCGCCUUGUUCCUUGAGGAUGGAAUAGAAACCAACAAUCAUUACAGAGGGAAUCUGGUCAUGUUCGUAAUUGCCAGUUCAAGCCUGCUUAAUGAUGAUAUCACACCUGCGUGUUACUGGGUUACCAAUCCAAAUAACUCUUACGUGGACAAUGUCUGUGCUGGUGGUACCCAUUUUGCCUUCUGGUUUCGUUUCCACGAGCACCCUGAAGGUCCAUCGGCAACAACAAGUUAUUGGAUACGUUUAGUACCGUUGCUGAAAUUUGAAAACAAUUCUGCACAUUCUUUCAGCUGGUUUGGCAUUUGGAUUUUCCCUGACUACUACCCAACCAUUGAUGUGGGAUCCAAGCCGGCAAUUUUCAAAAAUUUCUUUGCUUACAACAAUGAGAAAGGAAUAGAAUUUGUGAAUGUGGGCGGUGUUCAGAUCGUAUGUUCCCUGUUUGUCCAGAACACUAAGUCUGGGGUAGAGAUCAAGCAAGUAGUCAAUGGUUACAGAAGAGACAUAAAUCGAAGUACUGGGGUGUUUAAUUCCACAAUAGUUGGCAAAUCCUCACUUGCAGAAGUCCAGAACAGUCACGGAACAACCGAUGUGGCCAUUGUUUUACCUUAUGGAGACACUUUUUAUGUUGUCGGCACCACCUUUAUCAAUUUUGAUUCAACAAGUGCAGUGUUUAAGACCGCUCAUAUUGACGGUACAUGCAGCGACCAGUGUGGCUCAUACAUUUACAUAGUAGAUGGACUUACCUUUGAUAACGUUGUGUAUACCGUCUGGUUUGAAUGGACCAAUAACGGUGUAAUUGAAGUCCUCGAUGGCAGUUUCCCAGGAGUUGCUGCAGGCUCCAGAAUCGUACCUGGUGGUGAAACAGAUACUGGCUGCACACAGGAAUUGACAGGAUACCAAAACGUGCGAACACCAUAUGUACCAGCCCUUGUCUGUGAAGAAACUAAAAAAUUCCAUCGUUUUGCCUUUAAAGGCGUGAGCCCAUCUUCGGUGGAAGGAAAAGACUUUAUUUGUGAAAAUGAGAAUGGAGAAACGAGGGGUCUGUACAGAACACACAGGCUUACACACGCUCCCGGAUGGAUGUUGUCACUUAUGGAUGGAAGCACAUAUUUCUGCUACUUUGAAAAUGCAGAGCACAUGACUAACAUCAGCAUGACUGCCACUAUGAAUGAGAUUGAUGAUGGCGAUUGUGUCAUAAUGGGAUUUCGAGUUAUGGAGAAGCCCGAUCAACUUUCAAUUGGAGGCAGCGAAAAGAAUGAUUCUGACAGCUUCACAUGCGCAGAUGACCCUGAACAUGGCGCUUGGUAUUAUGAUUCGGAAAACACCAGAGUGUAUUUCGCUGUGUCUGGGAAUACCGGAGCACGUAAAAAGCGCGGAUCAGGAUCGAGCAUCGGAAAUUAUGAUAAUGAUAAGAGUUUGCCGAUCAAAAUUGUCAAGUGUUUUUAUGUUGAUUGCAUCCCACCGAUACCCAGAGACCAGCAACCUGCCAAAACAGAACGCCCCGAUCCAUAUCAGUUAUGGCAUGACCCUAUUUGGAGUAGGAAUGGAAGCUCGGUAAAAACAGACAGCACAAUUGGACAUAGCAUGCCAACUACAGGGGAGGAUGUGCUCAUUACUGAAGAUUAUUGGGUGGUUAUUAACCAGACAUAUGAUAUUGAACUUGGAGUCAUCACUGUUGAAGGCGGACUGGAAAUAGAUUAUCUCAGCGGGCAUGUGUUCGUGGUUAAGUUCAAGUUCCUGAUUUUACUUGGCGGACAGCUGAAUGUGGGCUGGGCUAGCAAUCCCAUGUUAUCCGAUGUCACCUUUGUAAUGCUUGGUGACUCCAUGUCAACUCCGUAUACUGAACUUGCUGGCUAUUCUUUAGGAGUAAAAGCUAUGGGUAUUUAUGGUAAGUUGGAGGUAUAUGGUAAAGACAUCGGCAAAACCUUCAGUCUCCUAACGGCAACUGCAACAGCAGGAACAAGUACUCUGUCCGUGACUGGAUCGGAAAUAGCCAAUUGGAGCGUGGGUGGUGAAGUGGUGAUCACUUCGACAGCAUUGAGUCCAGUGGAGGCGGAAACAAGAACAAUUUCUGCUAUUGACAGUGAUACAGGAACUAUCACUCUUUCGCAAGCUUUAGAAUACACACACAGAGUGAGCUCGGAGACUUUCAACGGAAAGGUCGUUUCCAGUGUCUGCGCAGUUGCAUACACAUCAAGGACUGUAACAUUUAUGGGUGAAGAAACAGAAACAAACAAGUUGGGGGGCCGUAUUCUCGUUUCCGUGACAACCGCCCCUGGCACAUCUGACACCCUGACAGGAAGUGCAAACAUGGGAAAUGCCGCAUUCAAGAACAUGGGCCAAGAUGGCUAUACAGAUCCUUUCGACCCCCGUUUUGGUCUUGCACUCCUUGCAACCGGACCUGUCACUGAUAAGAAGUUUUCCAAGGUCUACGGUAACUCAUUCAUGAAUCUAGACAGCACAGCCAUAGGGGCGUUUGGAGUAUCCAAUUUGGACAUCGAGAACAAUCUGAUCUACCAUAGUAAUGGAAUUGGUCUAAAGCUUGGAGGCCAGACUGAGAAUACACGCGUUCGGAACAACAUUGCUAUGAACCUGUUAUGGACAGGAAGUUACGCUGGGCGGGCAGAGUCCACCAACAUUCGACAGGAAGCAUUAUUUGACCUAUACAACUCAAUUGAUACUGAUUUACAGAACAACUUUGCAUUUGGCUCUCAACGUGCCGGCUUCAGUCUUCCAGGGCAGUUGUGUGAGGAAACAUACAAACCUGGACUUCCUAAUUAUGCUAUUGGCAACCAGAUCGGUGUAUGGAUUGGUCCAAAUGAUGACAUCCAACAGUCAUCUUCACAGACAUGUGUACGGUUUUCCGACUUUGUCAUCAUGAAGAGUACAUACUGGAGUUUCUACUACAAUAACCACUACAGUGUUGAGUUUGAAAAUCUGAUACUAGCUGAAAAUGACGGCACCCUGCUCCCAAUGGUGAUAGGACCAAACCCACUUGGUCAUGUAUGUGGUGAUGAAUAUGUCAAGCUGAGUAAUUCCACGGUUAUUGGCCGUUUGCCCGGAGCCGAUUGUUCCUCGGAGACUUCCCCAUUUGGUACCUAUAUGGAUCUCAGUGGUCUUUGCAUGCAAGGAACUGGCCCUGGCGGGGCUCUACUUGCUGUCCUCUUUGGACAGAUUACAGGCGGAAGCAACAAUGCCCCUGAGAAGCCCUGCGGAAACAUUAUGUCUUACAAUACCCUCUGUGGACGUAUGGAAAUUACAGAUACCACGUUUGCAAACUUUGGCCCCGGAAGCAGUGGUUGCAAGGAUGCAUACGCAUUUGCUACUAAUCCAAAGAACGAUGACCUCCAGUACUAUGCAACUUUCUUGAAUAGCAAUCGCAUCAACAUUCCGGAUUCUCACGUAUUCUACUUCCACAGACCAAAUGUCGGUAAGAUCAACCCUGCUGAUUGCGUGGACAUGGAUUGUGAUGCUCUGAAGAAAGCCAUGAUUAUAGAUGAAGAUGGCACAUUGAUAGGAGCACCAGCAACUUUGUUUCCAGAGUCAGAGUGGGAAUGGGAUGGAGACCCGAGGAGAGGUCUUGGAGAUUUUAGGGUUCCAAAAGAUUCACUGACAACUGUGGAUGGGGACGUCCUAAGUGUUGAAGAGUUGGCUGAAAAAGGAAAAGGUAUCGUGCGCAAUGAUGGCUGUGAACUUAAAGAAUACAGCAAUUUUGCAUACUGGCAUUGCGAAGAUGACGCGUGGGAACUGCUGGUCAUGGAAAGCUUGGAUGCAGAUACGGAAAUGCGGCGUCUCUCCCCUGUCGCUGUCAUUCAAGAUGGCUACAUUGACCUUAUUAACGGACCCCAAGAUCAUGGCUGGUGUAGUGGCUACACAUGUCAAAAACGAGUCUCAGCCUUCCAUGGCAUUGUUAAAGCCAAUAGCGGCAUAGCUGAUAUCUACUUAAGCAGCACGCAACCUGACAAGAUGAGGUUUUUCAAGCUGGACGGUGCUGAUGAGAAUUGUGUAGUAAUCAGAUUUUACUACCUUAAUCCAAACCGCAUCGAUAUAUACACUGAUGGUGGUAGCAACCAUGUGUUACCAAAAAAUGGAUGGGAAGAUGAUGGAGUGUUCAAAUUCCGAAAUGAGCCAGGAGUUGAUUAUAAGCCAACCUGCUCGGACGCACAUGGAUCGAACUAUAUCGAUAGGGUUGCUCGUCAGUUGUAUUUUGUCUUGAAGGGUAAUACUGAUGUGCGACUGACAAGGGCCAAUGUUGUCCUUGUAUCACUUGGACUUCCUGGCAUGUCAGAGGAAGACUUCUUUGGACAAAACAUCAUUGAGAAUCUAGCUGCAAUUCUGGGUAUCCCUUUGACGAAGGUGCGAGUUGUCGAAAUCACAAGUAACUCAUUACGUCGCCGCAAGAGGGCAGUAGGCACUCUGGAGGUUGUAAUAGAAGUUGGGGAUGCACCACCAUCAAGUUCGUCAGACAGCACUGAGUCUGCAUUGGACUAUGCUAUAUACCUCAUGAAUGCUUGCCAGAGCGGUACCCUGGAUUCCGGCCUAGGUGCUGAUGAUGUUACUUGUGAUGAAAUCCUUGUUGGUGAGACCACGUACAGCCCAGCUCAACCCGCGGGUCUACAGUUUAUGCAAACAAUGACUCCACAGCAUGAGGGCGUACCCUUCACCAUGCAACCAAAAAUCAGAGCUUAUGAUUCCAAUGGUGACAUGAUCGACAACCUUGGUAUUGAAGAAAGCCCAUGGGAGAUCACAGCCUCCUUGCGCGCGGGCACGGGGCACUCAUCAGCGGCUCUCUCUGGAACGGUUACUGUUGCGUCAGAAAACGGCUGGGUGAACUUUACGGAUCUGCAGAUAUCUCACGCAGGAAGUGGAUACAUCAUCGACUUUGAGAUCACAGCACCCGCUGAAGCAGCUUACCUGAACUUCUCCCUGUCCACCGAUGCAUUUGACCUGGAUGCCGUACCGAUGACAGCAGGCGUGUACUCCAUGACGACUGACGACAUCAUCAGUGGUGAAACGCUUGCCAUUGUACUCAACCUUAGAGACAGCACAACAGAUGUAGCCAUUCCCGAUAUCACUUGGAGGGAUCAUACAUUCAACAUUGCCUGCGACACACUUAUUGACUUUGAGGAUGGUAGUUUGACUGGCACCCUCUCAGGAACGUUCGUGGCCGGCACUGGACGGGUAGCGUUCUCUGACUGGUCGUUCACUGGAUAUGGACUGGUUUACAUCAGCUGCCGUACACAGUCGACUCCUUCAGAGUUUGACUUCUACUCCUACCAUUCCCUCACUGUGCUGUCCCCGACACAGGCCAGUAUCCAGAUUGAGGCUACGAGCAUCAUCACACUGCGAUUCAACAACGAUUAUGACACAACACUCCCCACUGAGGCAGCUGCCAAGCAGCUUGAGCAGGAGACAAUAGCUGUAUUUAAUCAGAAAUUCCCUGACGUCAUUAUCACGGAUUCUAGUAUUUCUCCCGGCAGUAUCAUCGUGGCCUUCACCAUCGAAGGUGCGAGUUUGAAUGUUAGUAAUGUGGCUGAAGACAUCUGUAAGGACAUCUCCUCCGGCACAACUGUUGAUAUCGGUGGCCAGACGCUCACCCUGGACGGCUACAUGCUGGUGGAUGGGGAAGAGUUCUACUCCACGUGCUCAUCUAGCGAUGAGGAGGAUGGCCUGCAUGCCGCCUAUAUUGCUCUCAUCGUAAUCUUGUGUCUCCUCAUUGUUGGCAUUGUCGUCUUCGUCCUCGUAUACAAAUUCAAGAUCCAGCCAAACUCCAAGACUCAUGGUCAUCGUUUUGAAAUAACACCCUACCAGGGUGUAAAAGACAACCAGUCAAACGGCCAGAACCAACAAGCCGCAGGAUUCUAUUAUAUAGACAACGGUCGCACUGUAUUCCUUGCCGGAGCCAACCACAACGUCAAGGAGGGCUUCUUUAAGCAACGACAGAACACAGGCAUUCGUUCGGAGGCCAAUGUCCCCCCGAUCACGACCCUGUACGACGAGACCCCAGGCUACCUGCAGGUGCGCAAAUCCCCGCUUGAGAUGGACAUUGAGCGUGCAGUUACGCCCACUGAUUAGAUGGAUAUCGAUCGUUUAGCACCAAUUGACUACCAUGCUAUUGGCAAUAACAACAUGGAGUUUUUCUAUGGAUGAAAUGAACAUUACUAUGGACUUAUUAUAAGGUGUUACUUACUGAAUAAUCAAAUAAUAAGUAUGGUGUAAAAGUUCCUGUGUAUGCAAUUUCCAACUGAACUAAGAGCAAUGUAGAUUUUGUCAUGGAACUACUUUUUUCAGAUAUAACUUUGCAUUCAAACUUAUCUGUCGAUGUAAAAAGAACUUUCUAGGGUUAAACCUUAUUGACUGAAUUAAGGAGAUGUGAUUGUAUAACUUUAGAAAUAUCAUUUGUUAACACAACUGUGAACCAUGUUAGCCAGAAGUAUUGGGAAAUUGGUGAUGAAUUUCGGAUAAUGGACUUAUUCUUAUAGCCAUUUAUAUUCUUGAUACAUUUUUUGUGUUUCUGUGAUAGUGUACAGUUUUAUGUAGUGCCAUUUUGGAAUGAAUCUGUGAGAUAAUGAACAAUUUUAUAAACUUAACAAAUUACACAAAAAAUUGUAAAAAAAUCCUGUUACACUAAAAAAAUGAUCACAAAAUCAAGUGAUAAUCUUUGCUUCGAAAAAAAUGUUUGCAUUACAAUCAUAUCAAUAUUUGUAAAUCAAAACAUUUCAUAUGGAAAAUAAUUAAAUCAAAACUCUCUCUAGAGUGGCGUAGAUUAGAACUGUUAUCAGAGACAUUCCCUUGUUGUAUUUUUAUCUGUGAUAUAUGUGUAGAUUAGAGAUAAUUCUCUUCUCAAUCCAGUGUGUGCCUUAUUGUUUAUAAUCCUAAAUAUUUCUGCUGGCAUAAUACCAUAUUCUUCAAUUUGUGACAGGUUGCAGAUUCUUUGCAGAAAAUAAUGAUUUCAAAAAAUUUGUUUACUUUUUGAAAGUUUUUAUAUUUAUGCUUUGAGUUUAUUAAGUUAUAUAUCUUUUUUCUUUAUACAGAAAAAACACCAUUAUAAGAGAUAUAAAAACUUAACAUGUAUCUUGCCGAGAUGAAGCGAUCAAAUAUUUUUUUGUGAUUAGGCAUUUUUUGCUUUAAUGACUUCUUAAUAUCUGACCUCAAUAUUUUAAAUUUCUUAAUUGCUCAAGUUUACUCUUUUGAUGGUUUAUUUUUGGUUUUCUUUACACUUAUUUCCUUUCAUGAGAAAAGAAGUUGUAAAUAAAUGUCUGUCUACUAUUAUUACCUACUGGUAUCUGUUUACCUUUUUAAUAAGGCACUAUUUUGUUUGUUUGUUACAAAAAAAAGAAAAAAAAAAGAUAUAUAUUUUUUCUUUAUACUUUGUGAACAUUCUUUAAUAAAAUUAGAAUAGA